GAAGGGGGUGAAAGUGUCCGGACUGGAAGGGGGGAAAGUGUCCGGACUGGAAGGGGGGGAAAGUGUCCGGACUGGAAGGGGGGGAAAGUGUCCGGACUGGAAGGGGGGGAAAGUGUCCGGACUGGAAGGGGGGGGAAAGUGUCCGGACUGGAAGGGGGGGAAUGUGUCCGGACUGGAAGGGGGGGAAAGUGUCCGGACUGGAAGGGGGGGAAAGUGUCCGGACUGGAAGGGGAGGAAUGUGUCCGGACUGGAAGGGGGGUGAAAGUGUCCGGACUGGAAGGGGAGGAAUGUGUCCGGACUGGAAGGGGAGGAAUGUGUCCGGACUGGAAGGGGGGGAAAGUGUCCGGACUGGAAGGGGGGGAA